AUGUGCAUACAAUGUGCUCGAGUCAGACCCAAGGUUGACCAGUACCUAGCCCAGACGCACAGCGGCUUCCGCCCUGGCCGAUCCACCGCGGAUGUGGUAUGGGCGCAUCGAUGGCUUGUGGCAAAGACCCAGCGCUACCACAGCACCGUUCACCUGUUGGGCAUUGAUCUGUCGAGGGCUUUUGACACGAUCAAGCGAGACACCUUGCUGACUGUUCUGGAGGCGUUUCUGAGUGACGAUGACGUUCGCUUGAUCAGGGUCUUGAUCUCUAACACCAGACUUCGUGUUCAGCUUGGGAGGUGCCAGUCGGAAUCAUUUGCUACAACGAAGGGGACGCCACAGGGGGAUUGCCUUUCCCCCGUUCUCUUCACGGUUUACCUGGAGGCUGCGCUCCGACAACUAAGGCAAGAGGUGCCAGCAAGACCUCUCAGCGACAACGGUCUGCCGCUCGAACUUGUAUAUGCGGAUGAUGCAGACUUUGUCAGCACCUCAAAGUCCUGGCUGGCGGACGUGGAGGCGACUGCCAGCACGGUGCUACCACAGUGGUCCCUGAUCAUGAACCGGGACAAAACUGAGUAUACGGACAUCUUCAGAAGUGCGGACAGGAUCGAUGAAGAGUGGAGGACAACGCGCAAGCUGGGUUCGCUGCUGGGCGACGAAGAGGAUAUUAUGCGACGAAAACAGCUGGCGACUGCAGCAUUUCAGUCCCUAUGGAGCCUCUGGAAGAGGCAUCAGCACAUCAGCGAGAAGUUGCGUCUGCGGCUGUACAGCACUUUUAUUGUUCCAGUACUGACGUACAACUCGGGUUAA